CGAGUCGAGCCGACCGUCAGUCGCGUGUACAGUGUCGACUUGGCCGGAGAACUGAGAGAUUCCUUGUCAGUGUGAUAUUCUCCCGGUGUAUAAAUAGUCAUUUAGUCGUUUUAAUUAGAGUUUAGUUGAACUUGAAGCACAAAGGAUGGCGGGACCGUACCUCUCGCCUUUGGGACCGCAAGCAGAUCUACUCACCGAGUACAUGUUCGGACGUCGCCGUCAGGUCAGUAGACGAAAUCGAACGACUUUUACGCCGCAACAGCUGCAGGAGCUGGAGUCACUAUUCCAGAAGACCCAUUAUCCCGACGUCUUUCUCAGAGAGGAGGUCGCACUUCGGAUUUCCCUCUCUGAAGCUCGAGUACAGGUUUGGUUUCAGAACCGGCGGGCAAAGUGGCGCAAGCAGGCCCGCCUGCAGCUACUGCAAGACGCCUGGCGUAUGCGUUGUUUGGGUCUCGGUAGCGCGGCGCCGCUCCUUCUGAGACCGCCGCCUGGUCUGCAGGACCCGCAGCAGCAGCGGCCGGAUGGACCGGGAUCUGGUUCACCACCUCCGCCUCAUCCGCAAGCUCAACCGGCUCAAACACCCGAACCGAUGCUGUCGCCGCCCGGUGAGAAGAUCGGCAACGCAGAAAUGGGAUCCGUCUGCAGAGAUUAUCGAAUUUUAGCGCCGCCUCCGCCACCCCAUGGGUAUCCAUCCUCGGAGUGCAAAUCACCGGACCGGCAGCGAUGUGGCUGCGGCUCUCCGCCGCGCUCCUCUUCGGCAAGUCCGCCGCCGCUUUCCUCUUCUCCGGAGAGUGAGCGACCACCCCAAGAGGCAGAGAUCGACCUCACGAUGAAGAGCAGCAACAGUGCAUCGGGAAACGUGAGACACCCCACGGCUCUGGUAGCCCCGCAUCCACCGCCGGGGUUCUUGCAUCACCUCGCGGCGCACCACCACUUGCAGCACCAGCACCUGCAGCUCAGCCCGCCACCCGACGAGCCGCUCGACGUCACCCUCAACGGACCCAACAAGUAACGCCGCAGCGAUGCAACGAGGGCUGUACAUACGUUUCUCGAAGAGAGAUGAGUCGAAGUGCGCUGGACUAUGAGUCGAGAUUAUAGACCUCGUACUAUAUUUCACUCCCCUACUGUUAUCUGUAAAAAAGUAAAAACGAAAUUUCAAUAUGAUUACUCUGUAUAACGGAUGUAGAAAUAAAAAAUGCAUGUAAUUCAUGGCGCUUCCAGAUCAAGACUGCGACGAUUGAUCGGUAGGAAUUGUUUGGGCUUUUAGCUCGCAAAACCAUAAAGUCGUUUGAUUCCAUUAAAUUAAUGUCACAGUAUAAUUAUUCCGAGAAAACGCUACGAAAUUAAUCAAGUAGAAACGGUCAGGUGUGACACGAGGCAGCAAAUCUGUAAUAUAUUUUCUUUGAGUUUCGCAUUAAACGACGUGGAAACGCAGCUGCAGAGAUUUCAGACAGCUGUCGAAGAUCCAUCAGACACUGGAAGGCCGACAAUGAGCCAGUUUGCCAGUAUAAGGACCAAACUCGAUUGGAUUGCAUAUAGUUGUCUGAUCUCAACUAAAUUUAAUCCUAAUAAGCUAUCGGGUAUUCCUUCAUUACCGUAGAAGAAGAAAGAGCUGUUCAGACAUAUGAUACACUGCAGCGGAGCAAGAAGUUCGCUUACACCGUGUAAAAAUCCCGUAGCUUAGCUUAUUAUAUUUUUGUAUAUCUAUAGUAUGCGUAUACCCUUUGUUCUAGUCACAAAGACUUUCGGAGAAUACAGCCCGAAUGGCCCCACAUACAUGUACGAGUAAUUUACACAUACGCAACCCUCUACCGGAGUGUACAUAAUUAAUUAAGGCUAAACAUAGGUAGAUAUAAAUAUAUAGAAAUGAGAAUAUUUCCCUCUCGCGGCAUCGCAGCUGUAGCCCUGGCCCUUACACACAGACACUAUUGUACCAAAGUUUUUUACUCGCUACGAAAAAAAAAAAAAAAAAAACAGGCAACUACGUAUAUUAUCGAAUAAUAACGCAUUAAUUCUAUAGGCUGUAAGCAUGUGUAGCUCGAGCAUAAGCGAGAAGCUGGAAAAAGGGACGAUCGAUCGUCCGUAUGAAUAAUAAAGCAAACCAAUAAUAAAGUUUCAUGGUGAAAUGAG